AGUAUUUCAUUUGGACUUGGCUUAUCACCACCCUUGUAUUGUGGUCUCCUUGAGAGAGAGGUGUAUGUAUGUGGGGUUCUGCAAGAGCCAGGCACCGAUCUGGAGUCGGGUGGUUGGGUUCCAGCCGGCGGGGGAUCAGGCGUAUCAGCGCAUUUUGGAGCAGGGAGAUUUCACCAUAGUGCCUCCUUGCCUGGCUGCAAUGCAGUAGGGCUGGGAUCUGUCCAGCUGGGGUGCCUCUCCCUGGUGCGGUGGAGCCCACUGCCGGCUGGCUGCUGGUGCGCUGAGCACCGGCAGCGCGAUGGCGGGCGCCGGCGUGAUGGAGGACGGCCUGUGGCGCGAGGCCGUCCACUGGCUGACGCAGUUCGGCGUGCUGCCCGCCGACCACCGCUGCUGCCUGCCCGACAGCAAGCCCAUCGACCUGCUGUACACGCUGCGGGAUGGCGUGCUGCUCUGCCACCUGCUGCAGAAGAUCGAUCCCGCGACCAUCGACAUGAAGGACGUCAGUCUCAACCCGCAGCUGGCGCAGUUCCUCUGUGCCAAGAACAUUCGGGUGUUCUUGACGAUGUGCAGUAAACACUACAACAUCCGUGAGGCUGACCUGUUCGACCCGAGCAUGCUGUUCGACUACACGGACUUUGGAAGGGUUCUGCGAACGCUCUCCGUCCUGUCGCGCUCGCCCAAGGCCCUGGCCCGCGGCAUCCCGGGGUUCCCGGCGGACGCGGACCAGUCGGCGUUCGAGGAGCCCAUCUACCGCCACCUGGACGAGGAGGCCAAUGUGGAGGACCGCAUCCUCUCCGAUCGGCUCCGCAGCCAUCUCAUUCGGAGCCGGUCCAAUGACAAAAUGGAGGAGAACAUUUACGAGGACCUCUGCUAUGUAUCGCUCAAAGACAAGCCGGCCACGGCCAAGGCGCCGCUCGAGAAACGCGACUACUGCCUGAACGAGCUGCUCGAGACCGAGGCCAACUACGUGUCGGUGCUGGAGAUGCUGCGCGAGAAGUUCAUGGAGCCGCUGCGGCCGCUGCUGGGUCCCGAGUACACGGUCACCAUCUUCCAGGGCAUCCAGGGCCUGGAGGAUCUUCACAAGCGGUUCCACCGGGAGCUGCGCGAGGCGUGCCGGCCGGACUCCACCACGCGCAUAUCCAACGUGUUCAUCAGCAACAAGGCCCGCUUCCUGAUAUACGGCGAGUACUGCUCCAACCUGCAGCCGGCGCAGGAGCUGAUCGACGAGCUCUGCGAGAAGGACGACGCGCUCAGCCAGAAGGUGGCGCGGUGCCAAAUGGAGGCGAACGGAGGCAAGUUUAAGCUGCGCGAUCUGCUCUCCGUCCCCAUGCAGCGGAUUCUGAAGUACGAGAUUCUGCUCAGAGAGUUGCUCAAGUACACCGUGAAGUCGACGCAGUACAGCGACGACCACGGCGGGCUGGAGCGCGCCCUGGCCGCCAUGCGGGACGUGGCCGAGUUUAUCAACGAAGUAAAGCGCGACAACGAGACUCUCCAGAUCAUGCACGACAUCGAGAGCUCUAUCACCGACUGGCCGCUGGAGGAGGGCCCGUUCCGCUCAGCCAAGGACUGCGGCCGCCUGCUCAAGGACGGAGAGAUCAAGGUCAAGUGCCACCCCGAGAACAAGAUCAAGCUCAGAUAUGUGUUCAUUUUCGAUGAAAUAUUAUUGAUGUGCAAGUCAACCAGGACGCUCUCCGCCAACAUCAAACGGUGGAGCUAUGGGAAGGAGGCCGGUGAUGUGUUUGGCGAACAGUACUGCUACAAAGACUGGCUGCGGAUCUGCGAGUUUGACCUGGAGGAUCGGCGCAAGUCGCAGAGGACGGACGCCCGCUGGUCCCACAUGUGGCACUUGGUGCACAAGCGCAAGAAGACCGUCUACACGCUGUACGCCAAGACGGAGGAGACGAAGCGCAACUGGAUCAAGGCGCUGGAGGAGGCUCGGGAGCACGUGGACCCGAGCGAGAACAAGUACACGGACCACGUGUUCGCACUGGCCACCUUCAGUCGACCCGAGGAGUGUGACACCUGCCUCAAACUGCUCAAGGGCAAGUUCUUACAGGGCUACCGCUGCGGCCAGUGCGAGCGGAAGGCGCACAAACACUGCAUCCGCGCCAGCGGCAUGUGCGGCGCGCGCCAGCCGCCCAGCCUGCCGCCGCGGCCGCCGGCCGGCGACGACGGCGACCCGGACGUGUGCGCCGUGCAGCUGCCCAGCCGCGGCUCGUCACACCAGCAGCCUGACUUCUCCGCGCCUCCUGUAGCCCGGUCCGUUUCGUUAGGCGCCCCGCGCCGCGCUCCGCCCCUGUGGGCUGUGUCGCGGACCGCAUCGUCGCUCUCCGGCUCGCGCAGCUCGUCCUUCUCGGCCAGCGGAGGCGAGCCGGCGGCCAGCUCCCCCGUGCCCAGCUCGCCGCCAGACUACGUCAAUCUCAACAUCGAGGAGCAGCCGUGGUGGUCGGGCGAGAUGGACCGGGUGCAGGCAGAGCGCGCGCUCGAGCACCGGCCGCCCUGGCACGUUCCUGGUGCGCGUGUCGGCCGCCCAGCAGAACAAGUUUGUGCUGAGCCUACGCGCGGCGGAGAAGGUGAGCCACAUGAAGAUUCGCCAGGAUGACGAUACUGACACCCGCUACAGCCUCAGUCCGGCUCGCCAGUUCCCGUCAAUCAUAAAGCUGAUCCAACACUACCAGCAGCACACCCUCGCAGAAAACUUCUCCGGGCUGCUCAUGUCGCUCGGCAAGCCAUGGCUUCAGGAGGAUAAGGCGCUGGUCAUGUACAAGUACACGCCCAACGGCCGCGCCGACAACAUGCUCGCGCUCAACGUCGGCGAGGAGGUGC